AUGCGCAGCACAAAAGAGUUAAGUCAAUGGCUAGAAGCCUGUGGACUUAACCAAACCCCUUGGGCUUCUGAUCCAGCCGAUUGGGCAACUUUAUUAAAUUUAUUAACGAGAUUGUUACAUUCUACGUUGGAACUUAGGAUUAAUGCUGAAGAAGAGAAAAAACGAAAAGAAGCAAUAAAAAAUAAUGAAAAUCAGGAGGAUGAAGAUAUUAAUGAAAGGGAGGAAUCAGAAUCUACUUCACGCCCGGAAGAAGGAGAAGAGGACCAUCAAAAAUUAUUGAGAAGUCCGUCAACGGUAUAUCCGGGCACUCAAUUGCCGUUUCAGGAGGUAUCUGAUUUUGUGAUGUUGAGAGCUGGUUAA